AUGGUUCCACCGCCCGCCAUUCCGCCGCGACCGCAGGCGGGCAGCGAGAAGAACUCUACACUCAAGCUAACCAACCUUCGGCAAGGGGAAACGGUGUUCACCCGGUUAUUGCUCGUUGAAGGCACCGUGGGUACGGGUCAAAGAGAUGGUCGAAUCACUGUCACCUGCGAUGGGAGGUCCGGCUUCAAGAGUGAAAGCUGGGAAAUCAAUCGAGGUUAUUUCAAGGCGCUCGCUCCGCUCAUUCCUGGCCCCAAUGAGCUUUCUUUCGAAUGGAGCGUAUCGGGUGCGAACGAGACGGGCAAUUCUACCAUAAUCGUGACAUACGACAGACCGAGAUCAGCGCCGCCACUGCACCUCGCCAUCAUUGCCGCUUGCGACUCUCCUGUCUGGCAUAAUGAUGGGCGGAAACCACCUAGCAUCCCGAACAGGCCGGCUCACACGAGCAACGGCGCUUCAGUCAAAGAUGACAAGCUCUCGCGCUUUCUCACCAAGGCCAUGGACAAACUCGAUCUCGCGCCGAGCACACAUGAUGCAUCUUUAGACGAUCAACACCGUGCUCUCGUAGACACACCUCCUGGUCCACGUCGCGACGCGUUCAGAGCAGGUGGUGUCACCGAGAUUAAGCGGCGAGUGGCUCUGCAAGCAUACCUGUGGCAGUCUUUCCACUCGGAACAGAUGCGAAGACACGGAAUGGGACGUCGCGCAUUCCAGCUCGAUGAUGAAGCAGCAUUUGCUCAAGGAGAGCGCUCACUUGAGCUGCUGCCUCGUGUUCACUUGUUGAAGUCUCGUCGUACGCUCCGAGAGUUCCGGGAUCCAGAGAACGCACAGCAGAAGCACAACGCACGCAACGGCGGAGCGAUGCAUGCCUUUGCCGCUGAAGCGCUCGAAGAUCCUUCCACGCCUCAGGAACUGAGGUGGUCACCUGUCGCCGUUCUGACUCUCGACACGAUCUACGACCCAAAGAUGCGCCUUCUGCGUGCUCACGGCGCCAUCGGUGCGGGCGGGCCGGGCAGCCUGUCACACGGCGUGAUGGGAUCGCACUGGCUGUGGGCAGCUCCUCGCUCGCUCGGCGAGGUCACUCAGGCCUUCCUCGACACGGAGGCGACCGACGAAGCGUGCUGUGUCAACGAUCUCAACGAGUGUCCAACUGCUUGGCAGACGCUCAACAUAGGAUCAGGUGCUUUCUUCCACGAGGCAGGUCACGCGCUCAACAAUCCACACUGGCCAUCCGGGCUCAUGGCGCGAGGCUAUAUCGAGUUCAACCGUGCCUUUAUGACGCGCGAACCUGGAUGUCGCAGGAACAACGUCCCUCCAGGCCGCUUCUAUGCGCCCAUCCACGAAGGGAACGACGACAAGCACAACCACAUCCAUCGCGCCCAAGCCGUCCGCGCACGAUGGCAUCCUUGCUUCUACAUCCCCUCGGACCCACCUUUGCCGUACCUUGCGUCGAACGAUCAGCCCACGUGGCGUCAAUGGAAUGAGAACGAGCCGUCAUGGACCAGCACGCCGCAGGGAGCGCUGUUGAAGUGCGAUUCCGGGCUAGGCGCGAUUGAGGUCGAGGUAAAUGGAGAGUACAAGACCCACAUCGAGUGGUUGAACUUGCCAUCUUCGCCGCAGGGUGCCCAGAUGCCCCCCCAACAGACGCUGAUCGACGCAACGUAUCUCAGCGGCUUGGUUGGCUUUGAUGUGAACCACACUUCUUCUCCACACGUUAAACUCAACGCCCUGGGCUGCAACAUGCGGCAAGCCCAGCUGGAUGGAUUCAGGGAGCAUGGCACCGCACAGCCACUGCGGAUCGCCGGGAUGGACACGUCGCGACGCACCGUGCUUCGAACGCUAUCACUCGGACAGGUCAAUCGAUCGGGCAAGCAGUGGGAUGUCAUCUUCCCCUUUGCGCGCUCGGACACGCCAGGAGUCGAGCUGGUAGCGAUCGAGAUCUUCAGCGGCGCGAGUUUGGACGGCGUGGUGCUGCACUACUCGAACGGAACAGUGAGCCGGUUCGGCCCGUGUGGCGGGUCGCCGUUCCGCAUGCAGGUCGACGCGGGGGAUAGGAUUCAGAGGCUCAAUGUGCGGGCGGGUGCGUGGAUCGAUGCGCUCGAAGUGGUGUUCAAGAGUGGCAAGCGGAGUGGGAUGCGCGGGAAUGCUGAGGGUGGAUCGCUGAGGGUGUUGGAGCCGGCGGAUGAGAGGGGCGAGGUCGUGGGGCUCUAUGGAACGAGUGGUGGGUGGAUGGAUAGCAUUGGUGCAUACACUAGCAGUCCGACGUGA